AUGGACAGCGCCGGGGUCGUGCGCCGAGCCUCCUCUUCUUCCGCGCGCGUGCAUUCCCCUCUCCGCACGAAUGGCGCCCAUUCCCCCCAGCGCUCAUCCGCCGUUCUACCUCCCUUCUCCUUCCGCCGCCUCCCCAUCCACCCGCGCAUCCGCCCCUUGCGCCAUGGAAUGGCAUGCACCAGCAUCGGCGCGCUUUGCUGCCUCCUCUCUCUCCUCGCUCUCCUCCUCCUUCUCAUCGUCCUCCGCUCCCUCCUGCUAGAAAGCUCCGUCGCACCUUCCGCACCCAGCAGUACGAAUCACGGUGACACGCGCUCGCCGGUUUUCGACGGACUCGAAGACUGCCAAGACGAAUUCCGUCAACUGUUGGACGCUUUCGGAUUGCGCGACGGAACUGAUGGUAAUGACUGCAGCGCCUUGCUCGAUUCCGUCGCAGCAGCAGACGACGGCGUGGGAGGCGGCGAUCCCCGUGCGAGUGACGCGGCGGGUAAGGGGGCAUGGGAUGCGAGUGCACGUGACGAGAGAGCAGGGGGGCGGGAGGAGCAGGAGGGUCCAAGCGUGGCUGCUGCUGGUAGCGAUGGCGAGGAGAAGGGUUCGGGUACAGAGCGUGCUGCCGCCUCCUUGCCUCCCCUGGGUGCGUUUGUGGGCCGCUCCUUUUUCAACCCCACGGCAUUCGUUGAUGACAAAAGCAGUGAAGGCGGCAGCAGUGUACCAUCUGAGAGCACCCACAGUGACCGCCACAGCGACAGUAACAGUGACAGUGACAGUAGCAGCUUCCGAGCCGUCCCUAAGCCAUGGGGCCUCUGCGUUACCCUCGCUCCCACCCACUGCUCCUGCUCCCCUCCCCCCCGCCCUCCCCUUCCCCCGCCCUCCACCCAACCCGCGCACCCCUUCCCCCUCUCCGCCCUGCGCCAUCUGUUACCCGCCCAUGCCACUGCGGCCACUGCGGCUGGCAGCGGCAGCAGAAGUGAGCAGCACAGCGAGUCUUCUCCCACAGAUCCCACCACCGCUUCAAACCCAUCCGCACUCCCUUCACCUGCCCUGGACCUGCUGCUCUCCCUGGAUCGCCACCGAGCCAGGGGGCUGCUGCUGGAACGCUCCAUGCGCGCCGUGGCUUACAGCCCCGGCUGCCGAGCCUCGGUGCCAGCCUCGGAAAGGAGGGACGAGUGGAGACAGCAGAGGAGCGGGGAGGAGAGAGCAGGCGAGGGGGAUGGGGGUGCGGCAGAGGGAGUGGAUUUCAAGAGGAAUGAAGCUGCAGAGAUGGAUGAGGGAGGGGGAGAGGGAGAGGGGGAUGGAGGAGAUGGUGGAAAUGGUGAGGGUGAUGAGGAGGAUGGGUACAGGCGGGUUCUGAAGGAACUAUCAGCUGAUUUUGAGGUGGAUCUGGUGCAGGCGCCACCUGCCCUCUGCUCGCUCCCUCACGCCCUGCCAGCAGCAACCAGGCAGCAGCUGCUUGGGGCCUACUCGCCGCGGUUUUUCCCUCCCUACCGCACUGCACACCUCUGGACGGCCCUCAGUGCCGCCUCUGCCUCGGGGCAGCAAGAUUGGGCGGGGAAACAGGGGGAGUCGCAGCAGCAGCAACGGCAGCAAGGGUUGGAGAAGCAGCAGGGGGUGAAGGAGCAACAAGUGCAAGGAUUGAAGGAGCAGACGUGUGUGGAGAGAGUGAGAGCCGCGUGCUUGCGGCAACGGUGGCAGCGGGAGGUGCAACGGACAGUGCAGUUCGUGCAUGCUGUCCGGCAGUGCGCUGCCUCCUCCCCCCGCCACGUGCUCUUCCUACACGCACCCCGCCACUGCACAGGGACAGUGGGUUGCAACACAGAGGAGGCAGGAAGGGGAGGAGGGGCGGGCAUCAGAGGAGGAAAAGGCAGCAGAAGAGGGGAGGCAAGUGGGGAAGGAGGUGUGCGGGUGAGGGAGCGGUAUGACGUGGCGAUGGAGCGGCUUGUAGCCCGGGAGCUGCGAGGAAAGGACUGGGGCGUGGUGUCCCUGGCAGGCCGACCGGCAGCAGCAGCAGCACCACCCAUGGCGCCAGACGCACAAGCAGGGGAUGCGGUCCACACAGGGGACGUCACAGACACAGGGGGCACAGCGCAGGGGGACGCUGCUGAAACAGGAGGCAGCACAGAAGCAGCGAGCACGGCACAAGCAGGGGGGGCGUGGGGGACUUGGCACGAGGGCGGAUCAGCAUCAGUGGUGCGGGGUGUGAGGGGCGUGCAGGCGCUGCUGCUGAGGGGCGAGGCGAGCCACCUGCUGCCGCUGCUGGACCAAGUGGAACAGCGCUUCCUGGAGGGCCCUCUGGAAGACCUCCUUAUAAGCUUCUUCGGUAAAAGUAAUAAGUCCGUGCACGUGCAUGAACCUCCGCUGUUCUGGCGGGCGGUGGGAGGAGGAGACGGGGGCGAAGGGAGGGAGGGGGCAGGGGAGGAGGAGGGUGGGGCUUUGGGGAAGGAGGCGGAUGGGGUGGAGGGGGGAAAUGGGUUGGAGAAGGGAGAUGGAAUGGAGGAGGCUAGUUUUGAGUCGACUCAGAACUGGGUGCAGGAGGGAUGGGCGGUGGAGGACCCAUUUGCUAACGAAGUUGAGGAACCCAUUCGUACCGCAUUGAACCCACCAGCAGCACCCAUGGGGCUGUCUGUGUCGCGGAGCAUGCUGGUGAGUGUCCACGGGAGGGAGGUGGUGCCGGCAGGUGCUGCUGGGAGUGUGGCGAUGAGUGGCAGGGUAGAGAAGGGAGGUGAUAGGGGGGAGGGGGAUGGUGGCAGCAGGGGAGAGGGGAGAGGGGCGAGUGGAACAGAAGACCACAACGCAGCAGCAGCAGCAGGGGCAGCAGCAGCAGCAGGGGCAGCAGCAGCAGCAGGGGCGGCAGCAGGGGCAGCAGCAGGGGCGGCAGCAGGGGGUAUCGGCAGUGGGAGCGGUGUGACGCGAGCAGCAGUGGUGCUGUCGCCCGGCUCGUUUGCGUGUUGGGUGAGAAGCGGAGGUGAGGCAGCAAGGGGUGAUGAGAGGCAGAUGCAAGGGGGCGAGGCGGAGGCGCAAGGGAAGGGCGGGGCUGGUGGGUUGAGAGGAGGCAAUGCUGCUCGUGGUGAGAAUGACUAUAGUGCUGCUGCUGCUGCUGCUGCUGCUGCUGCUGCUGCUGCUGCUGCUGCUGCUGCUGCUGCUGCUGGUGAUGACUAUGAUGAUGCUUCAAGUCCAUCGCCUUCUGGUGUGGCUGCAGGUGCAGCAGAGGCACCAGCGGGUGUGACAGCAAAGGGUGUGACGAUAGUGGGCAUGAUUCGAGGCGAGGUUGUGCUUGAGAGCCCUCUGACGGAGCAGGGGGCAGCGGCAUGGACCAUGGUGGCUCCGCGUGCCGUGGAGGACAAAGGGUGGCACCAGGAAGGGCCCCAGGAGGGGCAGCAGGGGGAGCACGAGGGGAGACACAAGGGCGAUGGUGCACACGUGGUGGUGGGUCACACAGAGACAGAGGGUGGUGCUGGUGGGUGGAAAGAUACUACCAUAUCUGCCACUGCUGUUUUGGCUGCUGCCACGGCAGAUGGGCCUGCCAGGCUGUCAGCUCCCAGAGAUGCGGUGCGGGGCACUGUGCAGAUGGAGGGCGCGCUGACGUGGAUUGACUCAGCGCCAGGCCGUGCCAGGCUGGCAGCUGAAGGGGUGGUGCUGAUUGAGAGGAGGCGGAGUGAGGAGGGGAGUGAGGAGGAGCGAGUGUGGGGGGCGUGGCGCGAUGUGGACGUGUGGGGCGCAGGGCAGGGCCGAGCAGAAAAGGGGGGGGAAUUAUCCGAAGAUGGGAAAAUUCGUUCUGGUGAUUCAGACAGGCUCGUGGGGUUGGGGGCCAGCGGGGGAAGCAGCAUGGGGAGCAGGGGAGGCGGGAGAGGCAAGGUGGGGAGGAUGAGAGGUGCCAGGCUUGUGUUUGAGAAAAGUCAGGGAGAGGGGGGGCAAAAAGCAAAUGGUGGUACCAGGUCAAGUGGUGUUGAUGCGAACAGGCAGGUGAAGAGAUUUCUUCUUGGAACUAAUGUUGGUGGUGGUACGGAGGAGGGGGAAGCUUUUGAUAGCAGGGAGAGUGAUGGCAGAGGUGGCAGCAGCAGUGCUGCCACUGCAACUAGAGGUGGGGACAAGGAGCCCAUUAUUCCCGUGCCGUGCUUUUCCUCGCCCCAGGCCCUGCCCAGAGGAGCGGCAGAGGCCACACAGGCAGAUGAGCGACAAGCAUCCGAGGGAGCAGGCGAGGCGAAGGAAGACGGUCGCAUGGAAUUGGCGGGGGAGGGUGGGGGUGAGAAGGCGGGAGAGGGUAUUGUAGCAGUUACAGCUGAUGACGCAACAGUUAACGCUGAUGACGCAGCAGUUAACGCUGAUGACGCAGCAGUUAGAGGUGAUGACGCAGCAGUGAAAGCAGACGAUACAGUCGUUAAAGCGACAGAUAAGGCAAUCAAAGUGGAGGAUACGGCCCUUAAAGCGGACAGAACGUGCAUUAAAGGGGACAAUACAGCGACUAAGACGGACGACACAGCAAUUAAACCGGCCGAUAAAGCCAUUAACAAUAAAGCCAUCGUGGGCGAUGAAGCCAUUAAAGCCGACGAUAAAGCCGUUAAAGCGGACGAUAAAGCCAUGGCUGCCUCACCUAAGGCUGCAGGCGAAGCAGCUGUUUGUGAGACAGAGAGGGCCGUGGCAGCACGGGGAGCCUCAGAUAGGGCUGCUGGUGAAGCUAGCAGCGCCGCCAGGGCUACUGGUGAAGCUAGUAGCGCCGCCAGGGCUACUGGUGAAGCUAGUAGCGCCGCCAGGGCUACUGGUGAAGCUAGUAGCGCCGCCAGGGCUACUGGUGAAGCUAGUAGCGUCGCCAGGGCUACUGGUGAAGCAAGUAGCGUCGCCGGGACUGCUGGCGCUGCUAGUAGCGCCGUCAGGGCUCCAGGCGACGAGGCGAAGGCGACUUGUAUCGCUGACGAGAAUGAGAAGGUGAUAGGCGACGAAACGAAGGUUGCAGCAGGCGAAAUGAAGGUUGCAGCAGGCGAAACGAAGGUUGCAGCAGGCGAAACGAAGGUUGCAGCAGGCGAAACGAAGGUUGCAGAUGGCGAAACGAAGGUUGCAGAUGGCGAAACGAAGGUUGCAGAUGGCGAAACGAAGGUUGCAGAUGGCGAAACGAAGGCCGAAGAGAGGACCGGAGAGCCGCGAAAGGAGAGGAGGGAUGAGAGGACUGAGGAGGCGAAGAAUGAGGGGAGCGAGGAGAAGAGGGGUGAGAGGAAGGAGGAGAGGAGGGAAAAAGAGGUUGCAGGGAGGGAGGGGGUGUAUGAGAAGCAGGGCGAUGGGGAGAAGCAUGAGGGAAUGGUAGGCAGUGCGCGGCAGGUGGAGGAAGCGAAGCGAGAAGAGGGAGAGGCGUCGGACAGAGAUGAGGAGAAGAGGACGCGUGAGAGUGGGGGAACGGUGAAGGGUGAUUCAACGCGUGCGGAGGGAUGGAAGGGAGGUGGAGGGACGGUUGGGGGAGAGGAGGGUGAGGGCGGAAAGGAGAUUGAGGGUGGGAAAGUGGGGGAGGGUGGGAAGGAGGGGGAGGGAGGAGAGCAGCAAGGGGACAUGCGGGGAGUGGAUGGCACACAGGCGGGGAUGAGGGUGGCAUCGGAGAAAGCAGCAUUGGGGGGAGCAGCGGUGGGGGGAGCAGCGGUGGGGGAAGCAGCGGUGGGGGAAGCAGCGUUGGAGAGUUUGGUGGAAGGUGGCGAUGGGAGCGAGGGACGGGAGGAGGAAAGAUGUGGGGAUGCAAUGAAGGUUAAACACAUCUUUAUGGAGGGCGGAGGGGGGUCUGGCAGGGAGGGGGAGAAGGGGAGGGAGAAAUUUGGGGAGAAGGGGAACCAGGGAUUGGGGAAGAAUGAGAAAGGAGGGAGGGUCAUGGCAGACGCAAGAGAGGGGGAUGAGAUGGGAAGGGACGUGGGAAGGGAGGGGGGAAGGGAGGAGGGAAGAGAGAGAAACGAGGAGGGAAUGGAGGAAAGGGAGGAGGGAAAGGAGGCGAAAGGGGAGGAGAAAAGGGAGGAAAGGGAGGAGAAGGAGGGAAGUGAUGAGAAUAGGGAGGCGAAAAGGGAGGCAAGAAGGGAGGACAAACCGGAGAAGGGAGAGGAGGGAGUGGAGGAGGAGGAGGAGAAAAGGGACGAGAAAUUGGAGGGAGGGGUGAAGAAAAGGGAGGCGAAACAAGAGGAGAAGCAGGAGCAGGGAGGGGUGGAUAAAAUGGAGGAGGGAGACGUGCGAGGAGAGGAAAAGGGGAAGGUUGGGAGGAUGAGCACUGAGAGAGGGGAUGAGGCGAAGAGAGGGGAUGAGGCGAAGAGAGGGGAUGAGGCGAAGAAAGGGGAUGAGGCGAAGAGAGGGGACGAUGAGAAGAGAGGGGAUGAUGAGGCGAAGAGAGGGGGUGAGGGGAAGGGAGGGGAUGAGGCGAAGAGAGGGGAUGAGGCGAAGAGAGGGGAGGAGGCGACGAGAGGGGAUGAGGCGGAGAGAUGGGAUGAGGCGAAGAGAUGGGAUGAUGGGAAGAGAGGGGAUGAGGAGAAGAGUGGGGAGGAGGCGAAAAGAGGGGAGGAGGCGAAAAGAGGGGAGGAGGCGAAGAGAGGGGAUGAGGCGAAGAGAGGGGAUGAGGCGAAGAGAGGGGAUGAGGCGAAGGGAGGGGAUGAGGCGAAGAGAGGGGAUGAGGCGAAGAGAGGGGAUGAGGCGAAGAGAGGGGAUGAGGUGAAGGAAGAGGAUGUGGUUGGUGCAGGCGAGGGGGGACAUGCUGCUGAGGCGAUGGCACACGCAGGGCAGGCCGAAGCACAGGAGGAUAGGCCAGGAAAGGACAGGGAGGAAGGAGCAAAGGAGGGGAAUGAAAGUGCAAAGGAGGGGAAGGAAAGUGUAAAGGAGGCGAAGGAAAGUGUAAAGGAGGGGAAGGAAAGUGUAAAGGAGGGGAAGGAAAGUGUAAAGGAGGGGAAGGAAAGUGAAAAGGAGGGGAAGGAUAGUGUAAAGGAGGGGAAGGAAAGUGCAAAGGAGGGAAAGGAAAGUGUAAAGGAGGGCGAGAAAGGUGCAAAGGUGGGUGAGGAGCGGUUGAAUGGGGAGAAGGUGAGUGGGGAGGAGAAGGUGAGUGGGGAGGAGAAGGUGAGUGGGGAGGAGAAGGUGAGUGGGGAGGAGAAGGCGAGUGGGGAGGAGAAGGCGAGUGGGGAGGAAGAGGCAGAGAAGGAGAAGGGCUGGCAAAAUGAGAGUGUGCGGAAGGACAACAAGGCGGAAAGGGGGAAGGUGGGUGGGACGGAAGGGGGAAAUCUGGGUGGGAACGAAGAAGGGGAGGUGGGUGGGAAGGAAAAGGGGGAAGUGGGUGGGGUGAAGCAGGGUGCGAGGAGUGGUGAGGCGGGUAAAGAUACCACUGAAGAGAAGGCGGAAGCGGUGAACAGGAGUGGAGAGAAGGCGGAAGCGGUGAGCAGGAGUGGAGAGAAGGGGGAAGCGGUGAGUAGGAGUGGAGAGAAGAGGGAAGCUGUGAGCAGGAGUGGAGAGAAGGCGGAAACGGUGAGUAGGGGUGGAGAGACGGCGGAAGCGGUGAGUAGGAGUGGAGAGAAGGUGGAAGCGGUGAGUAGGAGUGAAGAGAAGGCGGAAGCGGUGAGUAGGAGUGGAGAGAAGGAGGAAGCGGUGAGUAAGAGUGGAGAGAAGGUGGAAGGCAUCAGCAUGGAGAAUUGUGGUGUUGGUGAUGUGGAGGCGGGAAUGGGGAAGGUGGAGGACGGGGUGGUGGCGGAGGAGGGGGAGAAGAGGGCGGAGGGCGAGGGUGGUGUGAGAGGUGCGGUGGUGGUGAGGGCUGCUGCUGGGGAGGAGGGGAAAGGGGUUAAGAGGGAGGAGGAAGGGGCAAUGGGAGAGGAGGAAGGAAAGAGGGAAAAGGAAAGUGCACUGGGUGAGGACGAAAAGGCGGAGGGGAAGGGUGAUGGGGCAAAGGGGGAGGAGGAGGGGGUAAAGGGAGAGGAGGAAGGAACAAAAAGGGAGAAGGAAGGGGCAAAGGGUGAGGAAGUAGGGGUAAAGAGAGAGGAGGUAGAGGCAAAAGGGGAGGAGAAAGGGGCAAAGGGGGAGAAGGAAAGGGUGAAAAGGGAGGAGGAAGGGACAAAGCGAGAGGAUAAAAGAGCGAAAGCGAAGGAGGCAGGAGCAAAGAAGGAGGAGGAAGGAGUAACGCGUAAGGAUGAAGGGGCAAAGGCGAAGGGGGAAGCCACGAAAGGGAGGGAUGAAAUGGAAACAGUGUUGAGGGAUGGGACAAAGGGGGAGGAGGCGAAGGGGAAAGAAGGAGAAGAAGGUACGGCAAUGCUAGGGGGUAAGGGGAGGGGGGGAGCAGGGGAGACCAGAGGUGUGGAGGGAACGGGAAAAGUGAGGUUGGAGGAGAAGGUAGGAGGUGUAGAUGGGAUGGGGGAGGUGCACGAGAAAGCAGAAAUCAAGGUAGAGAAGACAGUUGUGGGAGGGAAGCGAGAGGUGCUAGAGGCGAUGCUUGGGAUGGCAGAGGUAGAGGCGGCAGGGGUGGAGGCGAGGGGCAGUGCUGAGCUGGCAGCGAGUGGCGAUGCUGCCAGUGCGCUUGCCGGGAAAGUGGGGAAUGGGGUGGUGCAGACGGGUCAAAGUGCAUUGGCGGCAGGCAGAGGGCAGCAGCAGGCGACAGAGCAGAGGGGCCAGGGAGGAGAUUUGGCUGGGUUGGGAGUGGUGACGGGUGGGGGUGUGAAGGGAGGAGUGGGGUUGGAUGCAGAGGUAGGUGGGGAGCAGGGGAAGGAAGGAGAGGGUGGGUUGGGUGCACAGGCGGGAUUUGUUGGCAAAGGAGGCGGAAUGGAUGCGUGUGGUGGAUGGACACACGGUGUGAAAGCUGGAGAUGGGGUUGGCAAAGAAGGGAGAACAGAAAAGGUUGUGGGGAAUGCAGCGAGCAGUGCAGGUCAGGAGGGUGCAGGGAAGGGGCGAGAGGUGAGCAGGUUCAUGGGUGGUUGGGCGGCGGAAGCGAGGGAAGUGGAGGCGAGUGUGGAGCAGAGAGGUGGAGAGCGAGUGGGUUCUGGAAAGGUGGCAGUGGAGGCUGGGGCACGGGGGAAGGAGACGGGGGAGGAGAAAGGGGAAGAGGAGAGAGGAGAGGAGGGGAAGGAGAGUGGGGAAGAGGGGAAGGAGAGAGGGGAAGAGGGGAAGGAGAGAGGGGAGGGGAAAGGGGAAGAGGAGAGAGAAGAGGAGGGGAAGGAGAGUGGGAAAGAGGGGAAGGAGAGAGGGGAGGAGGGGAAGGAGAGUGGGGAAAAGGGAAAGGAGAGAGGGGAUGAGUGGAAGGAGAGAGGGGAGGAGGGGAAGGAGAAAGAAGAAGUGGGGAAGGAGAAAAGGGAGGAGGGGAACGAGAGUGGGGAGGAGGGGAAGAAGAGAUGGGAGGAGGGGAAGGAGAAGGGGGUGGAGGAGAAGGCAAGAAGGGAAGAGGGGAAGGAGAGAGGGGUGGAGGGGAUGGAGAGGGGGGAGGAGGGGAAGGAGAAAGAAGAGGAGGGGAACGAGGGAGAGGAAGAGAGGAAGGAGACUGGGGGCGAGAAGGAGAGAGGGGAGGAGAAGGAGAGAGGGGGGGGAAAGGAGGGUGCGGGCAAGAAGGAGAGAGGGGAGGAGAAGGAGAGAGUGGAGGAGAGGGAGAGUGGGGGGGAAAAGGAGGGUGCGGGCAAGAAGGAGAGAGGGGAGGAGAAGGAGAGAGUGGAGGAGGAGAGAGGGGAGAAGGAGAGAAAGGAGGAGAAGGAAAGAGGGGGGGAUAAGGAGAGAGGGAGGAUCACAGAGAAAGGGGAAGAGAAGGAGAGGGGGGAGGAGAAAGAGGGAGGAGAAGAGGAGGAGAGAGGGGAGGAGAAGGAGAGGGGGGAGGAGAAAGAGGGAGGAGAAGAGAAGGAGAGAGGGGAGGAGGAGAGAGGGGAGGAGGGGAGAGGGGAGGAGAAGGAGAGAGGGAAGGAGAAGGAGAGAGGGGAGGAGGAGAGAGGGGAGGAGAAGGAGAGAGGGAAGGAGAAGGAGAGAGGGGAGGAGAAGGAGGGAGGGAAGGAGGCGAAUGUGGUAGGGAAGGAGGAAAGGGCGGAAAUUGAAGAGAGGGUAGGAGGUAUGGUUUGGGCAAACCAGGGGCAGGGGAGGGAGGAGGAAAAGGAGGAUGUGGAUGAGAAGGGUGCAAAGGAAGGAGCAAAGGAAGGAGCUAAGGGGAUGGCGUGUGGAGAGGUGCAGCGACGAGGGAGUGAGAGGGAGGAGAGCCAGAAGAGAAAGAGAGAUUGGGAAAAGGAGGGUGAAGGGGGAGAUGAGGUAGAAAAGAAAAGGAAGGAGUGGGAGGGUGCAAAGAAAGAGAAGGAGAAAGCGGAGGAGGAGGUGGGCAGAGGGGAGGUGGAGAAGAGAGGAGCAAAGGAAGUGCUGGAAGAGAGUGAGGGUCGUGCCUGCAGUGCUGUGAAGGUGGAUGAGACGAGGCAGGUGGAUGAGACGAGGCAGGUGGAUGAGACGAGGCAGGUGGAUGAGACGAGGCAGGUGGAUGAGACGAGGCAGGUGGAUGAGACGAGGCAGGUGGCAGAGCAGAAGCAGACCGGGGCAACAGUAGGAGGUGGAAGAAGAGGAGUUAGAGGAGGAGCAAGUGUGGGGCAAGCAGCAGGUGGUGGAGCGGGCCGAGCAAGAGAGGAUGCAGCACACCAGCAUCUCUCUGCCCCUUCCCUCCCUGAUAGCGUCACUCCAGCCCCCACUGCCUGCCCUCCUCACCAAGCCUCUUCCCCCGCGCACACGGACCUGAAUGCCGUGCCGAUAUCAGGCUCGGAAUUAGGCUCGGGUGCAGGGUUGGAUACACGCUCGGGUGGAGGCGUGGAAGGGAAGGACAGAGAGGAUGGUGAGAGAAGUGGGCGGGUGGAGAAUGAGACAGAGGUGGAUGGGGAGAAGAGAGAGGGGGAGACGAGAGAGGUGGAGAAGAGGGAGGAGGAGACGAAGAGAGAGGAGGAGGAGAAGAGGGCGGAGGAAGAAAGGAGAGUGGCAGAGGGGCGGAAAGUGGUGCGGAGGCUGCAGGGGAGGAGAGGGGCAGGGAAGGACUUCUGGGAGAAGAUUGAUGAUGAGGUCGACUCUCUCCUUCUGCCCCGCCUCUACCCACACAAGGCCCCUCCCGCUCUGCACUUCCACCCACCCUCUCAGCCUCCUUCCUCCAUGCCUCCUCCCCUCACGCCUCCUCUCAACUCCCUUCCUUCGUUUCCUCAUCCCUCUGCACCCAUCUCCAACCCCGCCCACCCCCCUGCUCCCACCAUGCCUCAGUUCCCCCUCCAUCCAGUGGCCGCAUUCCCCUCCCUCCUCGCCCUCCCGCCCUGCCCGUCUCUCGACUCGCUUCUCUCCUCGCUGCUCCCCGAGUCAGAAGGAACACUGCCAAAGGGCAUGCCUGGGCAAAGCAGAGAGCAUGAGAGGGGAGGCACGGGCGUUGCAGGCAAGAGUGGGCAGAGUGGGGUGCAGUCAGAUGGGCAGAACGAGAAAGAGAAGGCAGGCGGUGGUGAGGCCAGCAAUGCUGAUGAUGCUUUGCUGGGGCGGUAUGAAGAGUUUUUUCUGCCCCCGUUUCCCUGGCUGCCGAAGGCUGGUGCUCCUGGUAAACCUAUUCGGGCACGUGAUCGAUCCCGGGCAGCGGAAAAGAUUAGUGGCAGCUUAGACAGCGAGAUUGUGCAGAGAGGAGAAUUGGAGGGCAGACUGGGAGGCAUUGAUAAGUAUGGGAAGGGCGGCAGUGGGAGUAUGCAUGGCAUUGGCGAGGAGAGUGUGGAGCGAGAGGUGGAGGAUGGGGAAGGGGGGGAGGGGGAUGGGGAGGAGGAGGAGGAGGAGGGGGAGGAGGAGGGGGAGGGAGAGGGAGAGGAGGAAGAAGAGGAGGGGGAGGCGGGCACGGAGGAAGUUGAGGGAGAGGGAGAGGGUGAUGAAGGUGAGGAGACGGAGGAUGAAGUGGAGGGAAGAGAGGCGGAGGGAGGAGAGGUAGAGGGGGAGGGCGAUGGGGGCCACAGGGAAAAGGGGGUUGCGUUGGAAGGCAGUGUGGAGACGAGAGGCCAAGGCGAGCGUGAAGCUGACGGGAUUAUGACAAAUGGUCUCCUCUCUGUGCCGCCCGCUUUCGCCACCCAUGCAGCAGCACCCAUCCAUGACCCUUCCUUCCAGUCAGGGAGAGGUGAGCAAGGGAGACGGGAGGGAGGGCGAGGGAGAGGAGGGUCGAAAGGAGGAGGAGGGAGAGGGGAAGGAGGGAAGCGGAGUGGAAAGGAGGGUGGUGGUGGGCGGGGCACGGGAGAGGGGUCAGGCGUGGUGAUGCGAGGGAAGGGAGCAUCGUCUCCCUCUUCUCCUCUCGCUGCCUCACCCGCUCUUGUUCCUCCCAUUUCGCUGCCUUCCGCUGCCACCACUGGUGCCACUGCUCCAGCAGCAGGCACGGCCGGCAUUGCACCCAUGUCUGCCCGUUUGCUGCACCCCCCCUUUACUGCCCCUCCCUUUGUUCCACCCACGGCUGCUGCUGCUGCUGCUGCUGCUGCUGCUGCUGCUGCUGCUGCUGCUGCUGCUGCUGCUGCUGCUGCUGCUGCUGCUGCUGGAAGUGCCACCGCUGAUGCCGCUGCCUGCAUGUCACUACAGCUACCGCCGCCAGAGUUCAAGCCCAGGCGAACCUCCUCCCUCUCCUCCUCCUCGCCACUCCUCCGCCCGCCUCCCCUCCUCCCUCCCUCCUCUCCCCUCCUCCGGGCCGCCUCUGCAGCAGCUGCAGCCACAGCAAGCAGCAGAGAGGCAGCAGCGGAUGAGGGGCUGGGGAUGAAGAUCUCCUUGGUGGGCGCUGGGGAGGGCAAGGGGCUGGUGGGGGGUGAUGAGGGGAGGAGUAGGCCGCAUGGUGGGCUGCUGAUGGGCAGCAGAGGCAGCCUCUUUGGUCCCUCUGCUCUGGGCUCGGUAUCGGUAGGAGCAGUGGGAGGGGUAACAGGAGGUGCACAUGCAGUGGGAGACGCAGCAGCAGGAGGGGAAGCAGCGGCAGGUGCAGCAGGUGGAGCGGUGGAGGGCGAGGAGGAGGAGGAUGCAGUGGCUGCUCUGGCUGCCAUGGCUGCCGCUGCUACUGCUGCCCUGCCAGGGGAUUCUCUUGAUGAUGCGCCUCUCGCUCACACACAUGGUGGUGCGACCGCCAUGCGCACACACGGUGCACGAGACGAGCUCCCUGCCAAGGGGGUGCCCAGAGGAGCAAAGCACAGCACCUCUGCUGCUGCAGAUACCCCUGCUUCUCCCGCUCGUGCUGCUGCCACUGCAGCUGGCAGCAAGCGAGCAGGCGGCAAGGGGCGUUUGGCCGGGGCGGGGAAGGGGGAGGGCACAGGGGCAGGGAAGGUGGGUGCUGCGAGUGCAGGCGGGAAAACAGGUGGGGUUGCUGGAGAAGCAGCACAAGGGGCAGCAGGGGUUGGGAGAAGUGCUGCAGGGGGGAGUGGUGCAGCAGUAGGUGGUGCUGCUACUGCAGUGGUUGGUGCUGCAGCUGGCAGCGCUGUGAAGGUGGGGAAGAAGAAGGGGAAAGGACCGGCAGUUAUGGUGUCGAAACCGAGUGUGGCGGUGGGAGAAGGGGUAACUGCAGCGACUGCCGCCGCUGCUGCGAGUGGUGUUGGUGCUGGUGGUGGUGCUGCAAGGGAGGAGCGGGCAGGCAUGUUGGGGCACUUGGCUGCUCUGCUGGACCAAGCCAGUGCGGGAUCAGCAGAUGGAGGAGGUGGGCGUGUUGGGGGUGCUAGUGGCAGUGGUGGUGGUGCUGCUAAUGUUGGUGGGAGUGGGGUCAGGGUAGGCAAGCUUGCUGGUAAAGUGGAGAAGCGGGAGGGGAAGAAAGGGCUGAAGGGCAGGGAGCACAGCGUGCCAUUGCAAAAAGCAUCGUCAGCAGCAAUGGCAGGGGCUGCUGGGGGUUCUGCGGUUUGCCAGAGAACCACAGGUGCUGCUGCUGUUGCUGCUGCUGCUGCUGGUGCUGCUGGUGCCUCUCCUGCUGCUGAUGCUCCUGCAGGUUCUGGUGUGCCGCCCAAUCCUUCUGCUUCUGCUCCUGCUCCUGCUGGAAAAGUCUCGCCACUUGUGAGCCCAGCUCCUCCUGCUACAGCCGCUACCACUUCGACACCACCCAGACUCGGUAUGACCACCAGCGCCAGCGCCAGGGCCCCCCACACUGCUGCUGCGGAUCACACAGGCAAGAAACGCGCCAAGGCAGGCGGAGCAGCAGCAGGGCUGUCUCCCCUCGCCCGCCCCCUCGCCUCACCUCUCUUGCCUCCCCUUGCCUCUCCCCUCGUGCCUCCUAUAGACCAUGGGGAAGAGAGUGCAGAGGGAGGGCUGGGAGAGGAAAAGAGUGGGGAAGGAGGGGAGGGUGCAAGGGGUGGGGGGAGGGAGGAGGUGGCAGGGGGUGUGAAGAAGGGCCGUGGGCGGCCGAAAGGCUCCAAGAAGGCGAUCCCCCAGAUACACUUCCCAUUAGUGCUGCUGCUGCAGCUGCUGCUGCACCGUUGCUGGCAGCAGCAGGAAGCAGGGAAGGCGGAGGAGCAGGAGGAGGAGGAGCAGGAGAGGGGACAAGGGGCAGGAGGGGCAGGAGGGGCAGGGGUGAGCGGGAAGGAAGAUACGGCUGCUCUGAUGCUCUUCUCCCUCGCCCAGCUGGCUGAUGACGCUGCCGAGGACGGUGAGGGGGGGGAGGAGGGAGUUGAGGAGGUGGAGGGGGUCGAAUGGGCUCAAGGAGGCGGAAAUGAAGCGAGUGGAGCAGAGGCAAGCAGUGAAGACGCUUGUAGCGAGGAUGAGGAUGCGUUUUCUGCUGAAGCAGCAGGAGAAGGAGGCAGAGGAGGAGGAGGUGCUUUGGGGAAUGCGAGUAAGAGAAAGCUAUACAGGGACGGAGGCAAGGGCAGAGAUAUGGAUGCAGGGAGAUCGCAAGACAGGGCGAUGGGUAGUGGUUUUGGUGAGUGGAAAGAGGAAGAGAAAGAAGAGGAGGAGGAGAAAGAGGAGGAGGAGGAAAUAGAGGAGGAAGAGGAGGAGGAGGAGGAAGAGAGGGUGGCGGUGGUAGCACCACGCAAGCGCAGACGCACCGCCACAGCCAUGGAGCCGGUGGCGCUGCAGGGAGUGCGAGAUGGGUUGGUUUCUGAGAACUCUCAAAGACGCACAGCCAUGGAGCCGGUGGCGCUGCAGGGAGUGCGAGAUGGGUUGUUUUCUGAGAACUCUCAAAGACGCACAGCCAUGGAGCCGGUGGUGCUGCCAGGCGUGCGAAGAGAUGCUGUGCCCACUCCUCCUCGAAAGCGGAGGGAAGAGGAGAAGAACGCCAAGCAGAAAGACCCAUGUGAACUCAAGGAGGUGGAGGAGGAGAGGGAGAGCGGAGCUGAAUUGGUUGACCCUCACUUGCCUGGAGAGGAUACCUCGCACUCUCACUCGCGCUCCCCAUCGCCGCCACUGCGUGUCUCUCCUUCUCUGUCCCCAUCUCCCGAACCACGUUUUAGGCAUAGGAGAGCUCCAGCGAGGUAA